CUCUCCGGCCCGGCUCGGGUCCAUGCUUAGCUGCAGCCGCAGAGCCUCGCUGCCGACCCCAGGGAGACACAGGGGCCGGAUCCCGGAAUGACACACAGAGACCCGUACUGACAUCAAAACAGUGCUGCAGCAAGCCGUGAACCCUGGCCCACCGCAUGCAGCCUGCUGGGAUGAUGCAGAGACCGGGGCUGGAGGAGCCCAGCCUCCCGAGCUGAGUGCCAUGUCGCGGGCACUCAGAGGCGGUGUGAGGGUGUAUGGAGCCCCGCGGCAGGUGUUACUACUGCCCGCUGCUUCAGUUCAGGUUUAUAAGAGUCCGCAGAAACCGCGAAUCUUCACGGGGAGACUGUGGGUGUCUCCACGCCCCGAGAAUUCUUCCAUAUCGACCCGACCCAGGCAGGCACGGAGCGACAGAAAACCAAAACAGGAAGUACCGCGCUCAGUUCAACAGAGCUGCUGGUCUGAUAGAGGUGAGGAGAAGUUAGAGAGAUGUCUGUUCUGCAGGAGAUCAGUCAGAAUGUAAAGAACAUAAAGCCAUUGGAGUAUGAAAUCCUGGCCAGACUACUAAGCCUGAUAAAGGAAGAGCUCAGACAGGGAGUGAGAAAGCCGUACAAAGAGGUGCUCAAUGUGUCCAUGGGAGACCUGCACAUGUCAGGUCUGAAGCCUUUGUCAUUCAUCCGACAGGUCCUGGCAGCAUGUCUGUAUCCUCAGCUUGUGAACAGCAACAAACUUCCAGUGGAUGCGAGGCAAAGAGCUCAGAAGCUGCUCGGGGAUUGUGCAGGAGGGAGUGUAGGCUCUUACACAGCUACAGGGGGUAUACCUGAGAUAGUCCAAAGAAUCUCUGAAUUCGUAACAAGGCGAGAUGGAGGGGUCCCGUGUUCCCCUGAAAACAUCUACAUAAGUCCAGGAUCACAGUGGUCCAUCAUGAACAUUCUGAAGGUCUUAAUAAACAGUGAGAGCUCACCCAAAACAGGAGUGCUGACCCCAGUGCCGAGCCACGUCACCACCACUUCAUCCAUCGUGGGUCUGGGAGGAGUUAUUGUCCCCUACUACCUGAGUGAGGAGCAGGGCUGGCAGCUGCAGGUGGAGGAGCUCCAACGUGCUCUGGAUUCUGCAAAGGGGUUGUGUAACCCUGUAGCUCUGUACAUCACCAACCCUGGAAACCCCUCAGGUCAGGUUCAAAGCAGGAAAUCAAUGCAGGAGGUGAUCCGGUUUGUGUCUGACAAGAGGAUCUUCCUUCUGGCUGAUGAGGUCUAUCAGGACUUGAUUUAUGGAGAAAACAGUGAGUUUGUCUCCUAUAAGAGGGUUCUUGCAGAGAUGGGUCCUCCUCUUUCAGACACAGUGGAGAUGGCGUCUUUCCACUCAGCAUCGAAAGGCUUCAUGGCAGAGUGUGGUCUGCGUGGUGGAUAUGUGGAGCUGGUAAAUCUGGACCCUGCUGUUAUGAAACCCAUCCACACUCUGUUUUCCAUGGACACCUGUGCGCCCGUGUUGGGUCAGUUCGCCCUGGACCUGAUGAUCAACCCUCCACAACCAGGAGAUCCCUCAUACCCACUUUAUCACACGGAAACAGAGCAUAUCAGGGUGGCUCUGCUUCAUAACGCUAAGAGAGUCUGGGAAGUUUUAAACAGCCUGCCGGGUUUCUGCUGCCAGCCUGUGGAGGGGGGCUCAUUUGCGUUCCCAAGGCUGUUACUGCCACCCAGAGCCAUUCAGAAAGCAGAGGAAAAGGGAAUGCAACCAGAUACAUUUUACUGCAUGAGAUUGCUGGAGGAGGCUGGUGUGUUAGUGCUUCCUGGGUGUGAGUACGGACAAGAGGAGGGCACCCAUCACAUCAGAUUCUGCAUAAUGAGUCCUCAGGAAACGAUGGAGGAAGUUCUGCAACGCAUUAGCAGCUUUCACGUGCAGUUUAUGAGAGAUGUUUAUUAAAGUGGGACUUCUUUUUCCUCAUAUUCUGUAGUAAUUAUUCAUGACAAACAAUAAAAGACAU